AUGUCUGUGGACACCGCUGCCGCCGCCCCCGUCACCGACCGCCGGCCUUCUACGACGAUGGCCAGUCCCCCGCAUCAGCAGCAGCAGCAGCACCACCGCCUGCCUCACGCGGUGACGGCUACUGGGAAAGAGAGGCGGCAACAUCGAGAAGAGGCGGUCGACGGCCCCCAACAGCAACACUCGGACACCGUCACCGGCCCGGUAGCCUAUGACUCGGGACCGGGAGGAGGUGACGUCGGCACUUCCUCGGCGACGAACCUCCGAGAAGACCAACACAUGCACCAUCAGCGCUCCACCAGCCCGGCGGAUUCUCGGCACCACAACGACGGCGGCGAGCCCUGGUCGUGCUCCCCCGAAGAGGAUGAUGACGGCCCGGCAGGGAGGCCGGCGAGUUGGCCCGGCUCCACUUCCCAGCCGGACAGCCCCGGCGGCCGGUCGACCCGGUCUCUCAAGAGCUCCGGCGAUAUCGAGGGCCACAUCACCUCCAGUGACUUGUUGAACCCCUCUGACGCGCUGAAUCUCCUGGCGCAGGUUGCUGACCUUGAUGGGGAGGAACGGCGUGACGAUAUGCGGCAUCUGUCUGUGAGUGAUGCGCCGGGACGGGAUAAGUGCAGUCCCAGGAAAGGAUCACGCAAGCCAUCUACGCCUGCGGCGACCCAUUAUCCGCCCAUAUCAGAUGGUGUCCUAAGUCUACCUGUUGCUUCGCGUCUACUCACGUUAUACAUUGAUCACUUCCACCCCUUCUUCCCCGUAGCAGACAAAUGCAUCCUCACCCAUACCCCCGCCACAGUCUCCUCUCUCAUCGACUCGGAACCCCACCUGGUCACCGCAAUCUUCACAGUCGCCUCCAAAGACGAGCCCUCCAUGACCCGCGUCCACGAGGCCUGCUCGCGGUACAUGGAGACCCUCAUCUCCAAGCUCAUCUACAAGGGGUCCACCACCGUCGGCGCCGUCGAGGCCCUCCUGAUCCUCGCUCAGUGGGCGCCACAGAGGCUGCAGGAGAAGCCUACCGUCGGGCGCGGCGAAGAGGACGAGGGCGCUUGGAUGCAGAUUGGCGUCGCGAUACGGCUGGGGUACCUGCAGAGUCUGGAGCAGACGGGGCUGCUGUCGGAUAAGACAAGCCCGUCGUCGGAGACGUUUCGGAGGAAGAGGUUGGUUUGGGCUGUACCACGCUCUGCGGACUUCCCGUCCCUGAGGAUACAAGAAGCCGGGGCCGACAAUCUCGGACAGCUGUUCCAGGCUCAGCUUGAGCUGAUACAGCUUUUCAGCAACGCUCAUGAUAUACUAUACUCGUCAUCGAGUCAUAGAGCUCAGCUGUACCUAGGCGGAGAGUACGUGAGGUAUAUAGAUGACUCGUUCGCCGUACUAAGGAAAUGGAAGAUCGUCUGGGGCAGCCUCAACUUCACACCCCUAAUAAAAGCAGGCCUCAACCUCUCCUACGAAUUCCUCCGCCUCUACAUCAACGCCUUCGCCUUCCAAGCAACAAUCAACCGCGCAAUCACCAAAGCCCGGCAACAGCAGCAGCAACAGAUGCAGCAAAACCAACACCACUAUCAACAGAGCCAACAGCAGACCAAGUCCUCAAAGGACCAGACUCAGCAGCCCAAUGGACAUGAAUCAACGACAGGCUCUCAUGCCGCACCAGCGAGACAUCCCCCACCACCACCACCACCACCACCGCCGCCGCCGCCACCGACGACGACAACAAUAGGCAGCCCCCUCUUUGCAGACCUCGCUAGCACCCCCGAUGCCCGCUUCAUAUACGAAUCAAUGGACGCCGCCAACUCUCUUCUCAACAUCCUCAACUCUUCUGUAGAUCCGGCUACCGGGUUGAGGUACAUGCCGCUAAAAUACUACCUCUACGUAAUCUACGCGGCCGUGUUUCUCUUCAAGGCCCGUCUCGCCGGUGCCCUAGGAAGCGAAGCCUCAGAAAGCGUCCGCCGCUCAAUAAACGUCACAAUCGAAGGCCUCCAACGCUCGUCCCUGAGCCCGCACAGCCUAGGCCAGCGCUAUGCACGCCUCCUAUCCCUACUAUGGCGCAGUAAACCAGAGGAACAGCGACAACGGAGCCAGGGGCCUACCCUACAGUCCAACAUCACCAUAUCCGGUCCGGACGGUCACGCCGUCGAUGCCGCCAACGCCGGCGUACCCUGUCCGGCGUUCGGUCUCCAUAACGGGACAGGCGGCCCCGGGUCAGUGUCGGUGCAUGUACCGACUGUACCGAGCUCGGCCAACGCCAGUAACAGCAAUGGAUAUGGAGGCCUUGGUGGUGGACAUGCCGAGCAUCAUCAAGGGUUUGGUGGGAUGUCGCACGGCCACGCGCAUUCCAAUAUGACUGCCUUCCCUCAUCAGCCCGAUCUUCUAGUCAGAGGCUUCUCGUGGCGAGAUCUGGAUGACUUGGGGCAGUUCAUCGGGCCGGCAGACAUGAACUUUUCUGAUCCUGCCAACUUGGCAGUGAUGGGCGGGUCGAUCAACCUGGAUGAAGGGGCAGGGUAUGAUGUUCUCUGGCCCGGGAAUGACGUGGUCUUCUGA